AUGCCGUCACGUCAGAGUAUAGAUUCCGAUUACAAUGCGCUGUUCGAGAGGGACGAACAGUUGCAACAUUCUGCCAAUGCGUUGUCAGUGUAUAGACAGGAUCAUAGACGCAAUGGUGGGAGUGGGACGAGGGGGUCCGGGUCGUUGUCAAGCAUCAAAAGACACAUUGUAAACGUCGAUGGUGUCACGAAAUUGAAUUACGAGAUGAUUAAGAAUACACCAGGGAAUUUCGUGCUUAGGGAUGACGCGGCAACACCCAUCGAUGAGGAGGAUGACCCCUCGGAGGAAAUUCAGUUCGCUGAAUUAGACGCCAUCAAGACCAAAUGCUACAAAAGCGCACUGUACGCCAUGAACGACGAAUACUUGAGAUCAUUGGAGACGGGGGCGAUGUCUAGACACCACACUGCAAAGAGUAGUACCCACACAACGCCCUUAUCCCCAGAGGAACAAGUAGAAUGCCUAUAUGAGAUACAAAAAAACUUGAUCCACGACUACCGCAAAGUUUGCCAAGAGGAGAAGAAAUGGUUUGUGCUGAAGGAACUACUACUUGAUGCAAACCUGGAAUUGGAUCUGUUCAGCGAACAAGAGAGAGUACCGUCAAACAAAGCACAAGAGCCGUACAGGAUAACAAAGAUAAACCUCGGAACGAUCAACCCUCCAAAUAACAACACACUUUCGGCGAUCAAUGCCCUCAGCUUCCAUAGAAAGAGGAAGCUAGACACGGAGAGGUGA